AUCCCGAGGAUUUCAUUAUCGCAGUGUUACCAGUUUGGUUUUCUUCAGCCUGUUUUUAUGUUUAAAACCUUAUAGUUGUCAGGGUUUUUUAGUAACGUUGGGACAAUGUCGUCAGAGGAGUUUGAAAAGUUACACGAGAUUUACAGGUCUCUGUAUGAUGAACUCCAGCUGAUGCCGCAGCGGAUCACGCGAAGUCAUGGAGAGGAGAGAAAGCGUUUAAUGCGCGUCUUCGAUGAGAGGACUGGAGAGACAGAAGAAGUCCUCCAAAGUAUGGACAGGGAGCUCAUCGGCGCUCCAUCCACCUUCCGGAAUGGGAUGAGCACCAAGAUCCGGAUGUACAGGAGGGACGUGGCCAAGCUGCAGCGGGACGUGCGGAGCUCGGACCUGGGCACUGGCCUGGCAGGCCGGCCAGGAGAGAGCAGGCAGGGCAUCUAUGCCACCCAGAACGACCAAAGUACCCACGUGCAGUCCCAGCGAGCCCUCCUCAUCCAGGGAACAUCAUCACUAAACAACGCCACAGCCAGUAUCGAGCGUAGCCAACGGAUGGCGGCCGAGACCGAUCAGAUUGGCAACGAAAUCAUCGAGGAGCUGGGCGAGCAGAGAGAUCAACUCGACCGCACACGCGACAGGCUGGUUCACACCGGGGAAAACCUCAGCCGGAGUCGUAAAAUCCUGCGCUCCAUGUCCCGAAGGAUUGUGACCAACAAACUUCUCCUAUCCGUGAUCAUCAUCAUGGAACUCGGAAUUCUGGGUGCCGUGGUUUACCUGAAGUUCUUCCGUAAAUAGGACACUGUGUAUUCAAGACGGGGUGCACACAAGAGGCCACAGGCUUCUUGCUGUCUGUUAUCACCCCUUUCCCGUCUCUCUCUCUCUCUCUCUCUCUCCCUCCCUCUGCUUCUUUUCCUCUUUACCCUGAUCACAUACUGAUACAGGACCGGUCAAAGAAACUUCAUGAUACUUCCCCUGUGGGCUCUUGCUCUCCCUGGAGCGAGCUGCCACAGCAGAGUGGUAAAGGGGGAGGAGGAGGAGACGAGUCUGUGCUCAGAUGGUGUGUAAUUACAGGCCAUGGAAGAGGCUGUGAUUGCCUGCCACAUGGACCCAGUCCUCAGUCAGUGAUUACAGACUGUGAGGCCCCCCCUUUUUUUCUUUUCUGGCUGCCUUCAUCUGCUGGGAUCCGGGCCACCCCGGAGCAGAGUGCUGAGCCAGAGGGGUGAACUCGAGUACAGCCAGGAUGGUUUACUGCACAGGCCUACAGGCCUACGGGGCCCCGAGAUCCAAGAGGGCCCUGAUGCCCCAAACCUCUAUCUAUAUUUCCAUUCUCACGUUGGGUUGCAUCAUUGCAUUUUUAAAAACUGUAGUUUCACAUUUUCUUGGGGAACAAAAAAACCUAACAUCUGGCCCAAAACCAUAGUUCUUUUUUGGAAACUUUUUUGGGGGGGGGCGCUGCUGUCUUGCUGACUGGCCAUGGAACCCAAGGCUGGAUUGGGGCCUAAAACCGUCCUGGCAUUUUUGGCAUAGACCAGCCCCUUAUAGCCCACGGUUUUGUACGAUAUUAUGAUUGGCUCUGUUCAUUGUCUAUAUUAAAAGAUGGACCCCAUCUUUGGAAGUCCGGCCUGUAAGGGGUAAAAAACACUACAACAACAACAAAAAAAAUCAUACAGCAUAGGCCCCUGAGGUCUGCAAGUGCAUCGGGAAAAUGCCCCGUGCGCCCUGAUGACCAGUCCUGCCCUGAUGGAGUCAUUAUAAGCUGUCCCUGGAGUUGAGUGCACUGCUUGACCCUCAGGCCCACCUGAGGAGCCUGGGAAAUGUCUCCCGUCAACACAGCUGAGUCGCUGACCGUUUUGGCCAGGCCCAGGAGAAGUCAUCUGAAAGGGCCUCCACACAAGACACAUGAUGUAAUCAGGCCCGGGCCCCCCUACUCUCUGGGCCCAUGCCAACUGACCCCUUUGACCCCCACCUUGCUUCAUGCCCAGGCCCACCUGAGCAGCCUGGGAGACGUGCGUGGCUAAGGAGGAGAACCAGAGAGGACCCUCCUUAGACAUAGACACCAAUGUGGGUUCACUUCCUGUGACUUUUUUUUAAUUUUUAGAUGAACCUACUCUUGGACUGUGAUGCAUUUAGACAAUUGUACAUACUAACAAAGAGACUGAAAAUGACCUUGCAAUAAUGAAUAUGACUAUGAAUAUGAAUGAUGUAACUUUCAAUAUAUGAUAAUAUAUUGACAUGAUUUUUUGUAAAUUUCGACAGUGAUUUUUAUGCAGCUAAGAGUUCACUCUUAGUCCUAUUCUGUGUAUUAAAGAAGGAACUGAAUGUCA